UCAAACGUGCCGACAAAGCAAAAUGUUCAGAUACUUAGCAGUCUGUGGAGUUCUUCUUUUGGUGACACAACUCAGUUUGUGCCAUCCCACUGAGGAAAUGAAAAAAUUAUUCGAUACUUGUCAGGCUGAGUCCAAUGUUAAAAUAGAUACAUUAAAGGCUUUCCUGAAAGGUGGUAUGAAAACUGAAGAAGCCACAUCAGAAAUUAAAUGCUUCACAAAAUGCUUAAUGGAGAAACAAGGACAAUUUAAAAACGGUGUCUUAAAUGAAGAAGCGACUCGCAAGGCUCUGCUUGAACACCCUGAAUUGAAAAACAAGGAAGCUGAAGUGAAUAAGUUUAUGAGUGAAUGCAAGGGAUUGAAAGGCAGUAAUGAAUGUGACACUGCUUUCCAAAUCGGUCAAUGCAUGUUUAAAAAGGGAAUGGAUCUGUGAAUACAAAUGAACUAGCGAUAAAAAAUUACUAAAAUUUUUUUUGAUAUGACUAUUGCAAUAUAAUUUCUUUAAUAUAGAGAAACAUAA